GUUAACUAAAGAUGAAACAUCUAAAGUUCGGUUAACUAAAGAUGAAACAUCUAGAGCUCGGUUAACUAAAGAUGAAAUGUCUAGAACUAAAGAUGAAAAAUCUAAAGAUCGUUUAAUUAAGGAUAAAAUAUUUAAAGAAAAUAAGCCCGUGAAGCGCGCGCCUAUAAUUAAACCGAAAAAGAGAGCUGAUACGGCACACCGUCGCCGAGCAUUAAUCGAAAGAGUUCGUGCGAAAGGACAGAAGACGAUCGAAGAAACAUUAGAAGGAGCGGAACUUCUCAAAAAGAAACAAAAAACCAUGCUAAGCCGAGCUCGGGAAAUUGCAAGUUCCCUUACAUUUAUAUAUAUUUCAAAUAACAGAACAGUUAUGUCUGUGAAGGAAGCUGCAACAAGAAUUGCAGAAAGUUCGAAAAUACCAAUAUCAGAGUACGAAGCAGUAGAACAUUUCAAAUUAUUAACUAAAAUUGCUCCCGAAUGGUGUCAAUUCUCUACCAAUAAAAAUAAAAAUGAUCUAUUAACCAUCAACACUUCAAUACCAAGUCGAGAUGCUCUUGAAGAAGGAAUAAAAAAUUUCGAUGAGCCAUGAUUAUUCUCGUCAUAUAUUAAUUAUAUAUAAAAAAAAAAUAAUCAUAUUUGUUUUUUUUUUUUUUU